AUGACUUCACAACAGCCAACCGAGCUGAUACACGUGCCCCCGGCCACGCGGUCAACGAAUCCCGUCUAUGUCUACACUAAGUUUGUGGUUGCUUCAGCACGGGCGACGACGGCAGUCGCAGCCGCGAUGAUGGCCAAUAGCAACUCGACAGGAGUUAGUGAACUCAAGGCUCUACACAACUCUGCCAAUGCACUCACCUCCCCUCGUGAGAGAAAUACCCCACGAGAUAAAAGCCACGCGUACGCGAGUUUGGUGGAUAUCGUGCGCCCACGAACUGUCCCGGUGUUGUCCUCUCGCCAGGCAUCGACUUCGCCCCGUAGUAGCACCGAGCAAAAGGACGGUAAACUUCCUCGAGUUCGGAAGCAGUCCCAGCUAGCGGAAGGUAACAGCACCAGUAGAGAGCAGGAUAACCAGGACUCCAGACCACGUACGACGCCUGCGCCUACUGCAGCACCACUUACAGGAGAUCGCGAAGUGUUCCCAGCAUGGAUUCGAGAGCGAAAGGAUUUCCAAGUGUUCUUUCCUCGGUUUUCGGAGCAUGUGAUCACGGACGAGGAGAUUCUACAACAAGGAGUUCCGAAGGAACCGACCGAAAGAAACAUCGUGGAGCUGCAGUGCAUCGCACGCUGGAUCAUGAAGAUCCCAUCCAUGUCGACAUUCUUGGACUUAAACCAGGCCACAGAGAUCGCCAAGCUCGCAAAGUACCGUGCCUUCCAUCCACAGGAAUAUGUUUUCCGCAAAGGCGAUGUUGGCGAUGCGUGUUAUCUCGUUCUGAGUGGAGAGGUACACAUUCUAAUCGACGGCGAGAAGGUGGCGUCGGUGACAAAGAACUCUGCUUUUGGUGACAUUGCACUUCAGCUCGAGAACGCAACACGCGGAGCCGAUGUUCAGGCGGCGUCAUCUAGUGCAUUGAUGUCCAAUUCCCCGCUGUCAGCGAUAGGAUGUGAAGUGUUAAUGAUCAUGGCAGAAGAUUAUCACAAAACGCUGGCAAGAUGUCAGACUCGAAGACGGAAGCACCUCGUCAACUGGUUGCACACUGAGGUGACGCUGUUUCGGGAUUGUGUAGAGAGUAAGCUUCACUUCUUCGAGCUCGUGUCGAUCGACGUGCCAUUGAAGAAAGGAGAGGUACUGUACACUCAAGGAGAAUCGGUUGGGGCGUUCUACAUUGUUCGUUCUGGUCGUGUAAGACUCGAGGUUGAUAUUCAAUACGAACGUCGGCAUCGGUGGCCAUGUGAUAAGCACAAGUGGAAGCAACAGGUUCACGCUGUUCGGUCACGCGUGCCGUUCCAUACAGAGGAAAGCGCUGGCUUCUUCGGCUUUGAGAUGUUCAUUAAAGGCCAACAAACACGCGCUUACACAGCCGUGGCCGAUUCUCCUACAGUCGAACUGAUAGGAUUGAACCGCGUCGACUGCUUCUCUCCCUACUUCUCUUUCACGCCACGAGCUCAAGAUCGGAUCCACGAUAAAAACGAUAAAUGCCGUGAUAUGGCGCUACGAAUGGUGCAGCAACAACUUCGAGCAUUUCGCAAGUCGCAAAGCGCAGCAGCAACCAAGAACACGCCCACACACCCGCCAGUUGUUAUCCAACGCAAAUUCCCUCAUUCAAGCGAGACUCCCGAAUUUCAGUUCCCUCGACUACGACCCGCAAAGUGGAAAGCGGACAACGAAGUGGUUUCCGCGUUUCAACAAGCAUGCCAAUAA